UUGAAGCGACAACCAUGUUCCUUUCACUCACAUAUUCGUUCACUUUCUUCUUCACUCUCAUCCUCACAUCAUCAUCACCUUCACACAUUGCAACAUUCACACCACCAGCCACCAAAAUAUCCAUCACAAGCCACAACAUUCAAAGCCUCAACAAAGCUGACAAAGGGACUAAAAUCGCAGGUAUAUCGCAGUUUAAACGAUAUCUACAUCGUUUUGGGUACCUACAAAACAACAACAACAGUUUUAACGAUGAAUUUGAUGUCGUGUUGGAAUCUGCUCUCGUCAGAUACCAAGGAAACCUUGGUCUCCAAGUAACCGGGAAGCUCGACUCCGACACGGUUGCUCAAAUGAUCACACCAAGAUGUGGUGAUCCAGACACAAACACAAGACAUCAGAAUCACGAUCAGAAUCACGUCCACAAAGUGCAUUCUUCAAAGAACUUCGUGUUUUUCCCGGGAAAACCACGUUGGUCACGUUCAAUGCCGAUGACACUCACCUACGCCUUCUCACGUGAGAACAUGAUCCACAGUUUGAGCAUGAAAGACAUAAGAGAGGCAUUCCGAAAAGCAUUCUUGAGAUGGGCUUCGGUGAUUCCUGUUAGCUUUGUUGAGGUGAGUGACUCUGAAGUUUCGGAUUUGAAAAUAGGGUUUUACAAAGGGGAGCAUGGUGAUGGUGAGCCCUUUGAUGGGGUGCUUGGGGUGUUGGCCCACUCCUUCUCGCCGGAGAUCGGGCGCCUCCACCUUGACGCGGCAGAGACAUGGGCGGUGGACUUUGAGGCCACCGUGUCGGAGGUGGCGGUGGACUUGGAGUCGGUGGCCACACAUGAGAUUGGACACUUGUUAGGAUUGUCUCAUAGUUCCGUGAAAGAUGCUGUGAUGUAUCCGAGUUUGAGGCCACAAGAUAAGAGGGCUAAUCUGAACAUUGAUGACAUAAAGGGAGUGCAAUCUCUGUAUGGAUCAAACCCUAAUUUCAGAUCAGAGUGGUCGCUAGAAUCUGAUAUGUCGGCAAAUAAAGGUUCCAACUUUCUCAAACCUUUCAGGUUGGCUUCUAGUUUGAUCAUAAUAAUUUCUCUCAUGCAUAGUUUAUGUACAUUAUAGUUCAUAUCUCCUUUUCUAUGGUUGUACUUUUUUCCAACUUUUUAUUCUUUUACGCUUGUCAAGUAGAAAUUCAAUGAUCAUGUGGGGUCGAGUAUGAAGAGCUACAAAGACCCUUAUA